AUUUCGUGACCCGUAAAUAUGGCUGAGUUGCUGCGGAUAAGAUGCUGAGAUUUUCCGUGGGAAGGAGGACUCUGUGCAGCCAUGGCAAGGUUGGCUGACUACUUCAUAGUGGUGGGAUACGACCAUGAGAAGACAGGCUCUGGUGAAGGAUUUGGCAAAAUCAUACAAAGAUUUCCGCUGACUGAUUGGAGUGAGACGCCGUUCCCACAAGGCAUAGAACUGUUUUGUCAGCCUGGAGGAUGGCAGCUUUCACGAGAAAGGAAACAGCCCACGUUCUUUGUUGUAGUUUUAACAGACAUCGACUCGGACCGCCAUUACUGCGCAUGUCUGACAUUCCAUGAGGCAGAAAUCAACCUGCAGGGAACCAGGCAAAACCACACUGAUGGCGAUGAUGAUGUUUCCGGUUUAAUUCAGCCUGCUGAAGUUUUUGCUCCUAAGAGUUUGGUGCUGGUGUCCAGACUAGAUUAUCAAGAGAUUUUUCGGGCUUGCCUUGGGAUGAUCUACACGGUUUAUGUCGACAGCCUGAAUGUGUCACUGGAGACUCUGGUUGCAAACCUGCUAACAUGCAUCAUCCCCUCUGGUGGUGGCUCUCAGAAACUCUUCUCCUUGGGGGCCGGGGACCGUCAGCUGAUCCAGACUCCUCUCUGCGGCACUCUGCCUGUGACGGGGACAAGUGUGGCCCUUCUCUUCCAGCAGUUAGGAAUCCAGAACGUUCUCAGCCUCCUGUGUGCGGUACUGACCGAAAACAAAGUCCUUUUCCACUCCUCCAGCUUCCAGCGUCUCAGCGAUGCCAGCCGGGCACUCGAGGCCCUAAUGUACCCUCUGAAGUACAGCUACCCGUACAUUCCCAUCCUUCCAGCGCAGCUACUCGAGGUCCUAAGCUCCCCAACGCCAUUUAUUAUUGGGGUCCAUUCCGUCUUUUGUUCAGAGAUCCAUGACCUGCUAGAUGUGAUUAUUGCUGAUCUGGAUGGAGGUACCAUAAAAGUACCUGAAUGUAUCCACCUGUCGCAGCUGCCUGAACCACUCCUCAACCAGGUCCAGACCGUGCUCUCCCUUGUUCUGCACCCCGAUCUGGAAGUUGCAGAUUACGCCUUCCCACCUCUGCGCACCUCUUUGUCUCAUGUGAAAAUGAUGGAUAAAGAGCUGCGCGCUGUCUUCCUCAGAUUGUUUGCCCAGAUAUUUCAGGGAUACCGUUCCUGCCUUCAGCUCAUCCGAAUACAUGCAGAAUCCGUUAUACACUUCCAUAAGGCCGCCUUCCUGGGCCAGCGGGGCUUGAUAGACACCGAUUUCCUCACUAAGGUCCUGAAUGGAAUGGCGUUUGCUGGCUUUGUGUCCGAGCGUGGCCCUCCUUACCGGCCCUGCGAUCUCUUUGACGAGCUGGUUUCCUUUGAAGUUGAAAGAAUUAAAGACGAAGAACGUAGUGACGGCCAGGAUAUCCUGAAACGCGUCAAGGAGCUUGCAGAGCAUCUCUUCAGAAAUGAAAAUCCCAAUCCCCACAUGGCGUUCCAGAAAGUUCCGAAGCCGACAGAAGGAUCACACCUGAGGGUCCACGUCAUGCCCUUCCCAAAGAUUAAUGACCUCAAAGUCCAAGAGCUAAUCCAAGAUGGAGUCCAUAAAAGCCAAAAUUCAGCAUUGGCAUCUAGAGUUGAGAAGAAGUGCGUUGUCCCGGCCGGUUCCUCUGUUGUGUCCAUAGUGGACAAAUGCAGUUCCGUCUUCAACAGCGCCCGCCGGCUGGAAGUGGUCCGCAACUGCAUCGCUUACAUAUUUGAGAACAAAACACUGGAAACUGAAAAGGCGCUGCCUGCUGCGCUCCGCGCUCUGAAAGGAAAAGCUGCCAGACAGUGUCUAACCGAGGAGCUGGGUUGUCACGUACAACAGAAUCGCGCCAUCCUCAACCAUCAGCAGUUUGACUACAUUAUCCGAAUGAUGAACUGCACCCUGCAGGAUUGUUCAAGCUUUGAAGAAUACAAUGUAGCAGCCCAGCUUCUGCCGCUGACCACUGCGUUCUGUAGGAAAUUGUCUCCAGGGAUCACUCAGUUCGCCUACACCUGUGUCCAGGACCACACCAUAUGGACCAACCAGCAGUUCUGGGAGACCACCUUCUACAAUGACGUUCAGAACCAAGUGCGGGCCCUAUACCUGACCUCAAAAAAUGGCAGCCAAGAGAUAACGCCAUCUUUGCCUAAGGAGAACGGUAUUGAAAGCGCGGAGCAGGAGAAUACCGUCAUGGAUCUGGCGGCCGAGCAGCUCCGCCUAUGGCCUACGCUUAGCAAGCAGCAGCAGCAGGAGCUUGUACAGAACGAGGAGAGCACCGUGUUCAGCCAGGCUAUCCACUUCUCUAACCUCAUGGUCUAUCUCCUGGUACCGCUGGACACCAGCAAGAACAAACUGCUGCGGACGUCGGCCACCGGGGACUGGGAGAGUGGCAGUAACAGCAUUGUCACCAAUAGUAUUGCUGGCAGUGUUGCCGAGAGCUAUGACACAGAGAGUGGCUUUGAGGAUUCCGAGAAUGAUAUUGCCAAUUCAGUGGUCCGCUUCAUUACCAGGUUUAUUGACAAGGUGUGUACGGAGAGCGGGGUGACGCAGGACCACAUAAAGAGCUUGCACUGUAUGAUCCCAGGUAUUGUAGCUAUGCAUAUUGAAACACUGGAAGCUGUGCAUCGGGAAAGCCGAAGACUACCUCCAAUCAAAAAGCCCAAAAUCCUGAGACCAGCGUUACUCCCUGGAGAAGAGUUUGUUUGCGAAGCUCUUCGGGUUCUUUUGGACCCUGAUGGAAGGGAAGAGGCGACUGGGGGGAUGCUUGGAGGUCCUCACAUCCUGCCAGCAGAGGGAGCCCUGUUCCUUACUACAUAUCGGAUCAUCUUUAAAGGCACCCCUCACGAUCCUCUAGUGGGAGAGCAGACCGUCAUCCGUAGUGUUCCCAUCGCUUCCAUAACCCGGGAGAAGAAAAUAAAUGUCCAGAACCAUCUACAGCAAAAUAUGCAGGAAGGUCUCCAGAUCCGAUCGGCAACAUUCCAGUUAAUUAAAGUAGCGUUUGAUGAAGAGGUGAGUCCGGAAAUGGUGGACCUGUUCAAGAAGCAGCUGAUGAAGUUUCGGUAUCCCGUGUCCAUCUUCAGCAUGUAUGCCUUUGCGGCAGGGCAAGCCGCGACCCCCAUUAUCUUACCGAAGCAGAAGGAAAAAAACACCUCUUUCCGGACUCUCUCCAAAACAAUUGUAAAAGGGGCCAAACGUGCUGGAAAAAUGACUAUUGGGCGCCCGUAUGUUGCCAAGAAGAAGACUGGAAUGAUAUUAGAGGAACGAGGGAGCCGCAACGAGGACGAUGACAUUUCUGUCUCGGAUGAUAACGAGCUGCCAAGUGGAACAUUAAAAUCGACGGAGAAGUCGACAAUGGAGCAGCUGGUAGAGCGGGCCUGUUUCCGGGACUACCAGCGGCUGGCACUGGGGACCAUCAGCAGCAGCUCCUCGCGGUUUAAAUCUGAAUAUUUCCGUGUAACAGCCAUGAACAGGAUGUAUUCUCUGUGCCGGAGUUACCCCGGUCUCCUGGUAGUGCCGCAAUCGGUCCAGGACAGCAGCCUGCAGAAAGUCGCUCGGUGUUACCGCCAUAACAGACUUCCGGUGGUUUCCUGGAAAAACUCCAAAACAAAUGCAGUUUUACUCCGUUCUGGAGGCUUUCAUGGAAAGACUGUUGUUGGCCUGUUUAAAUCUCAGAAUACACACGCUGCUGCUCCAGCCUCUUCUCUAGAGUCAUCCAGCAGCAUUGAGCAGGAAAAGUACCUGCAAGCCCUACUGAACGCCAUCUCUGUGCACUACAAGAUCAGCAGCGGCAGCACUCUCACCAUCCGGCCCACCUUGGCGCUCUCCCCUGGCAGUGCGAGAAAAAGCUCCAGAAUGAGCAGUAUGGUUAAACAUGUUGUUCCAGGACACUUGGAUGGCAGUCCGUCCAAUAGCUUUGCCCGAGGAGUUCUUGGGUACAGAGAUAAGCUCUUCCCACAGUCAGACCUAGCGGCUAAGGGAAGAAUACAAAAUACAGGUGUUUGGGCAAGUCUGCGUUCCAGCAAUCGCUUAAUCACCACCCAAAUGCCUCUCGUGGACGUUGGUGCUCGAUUGGUGGGAAAGGAUCACGGCCCCUCCUACAGCGACCAAACCUCACUGCAGAACCAGCUGCUGAAGCGCCAGGCUGCACUCUACAUAUUUGGGGAAAAAUCUCAAAUAAGGGGCUUCAAGUGCGACUUUGCUUUGAAUUGUGAGUUUGUGCCGGUGGAGUUUGGGGAUAUCAGACAAGUGAAGACCAGUUUUAAGAAACUGAUGAGAGCCUGCGUGCCUAGCAGCGUUCCCGGCGACUCGGACUCCAGCUUUCUGAAGUCACUGGGAGACUCGGAGUGGUUCCUGCAGAUUCACAGAAUUAUCCAGUUGUCUGUGAUCAUAUCUGAGCUGAUGGAGAGCGGGUCAUCCGUGAUGGUCAGCUUAGAGGACGGAUGGGAUAUCACGACGCAGAUCAUCUCUCUGGUGCAAAUCCUGGGAGACCCGUAUUACCGGACGCUGGAAGGGUUCCGCAUGUUGAUAGAGAAGGAGUGGCUCUCGUUUGGCCAUAAAUUCAGCCAGCGCAGCAAUCUCUCGCUUAGCAGUCAAGGCAGCGGAUUUGUACCAAUCUUCCUGCAGUUUCUUGAUUGCGUUCAUCAGAUACACAACCAGUAUCCCACAGAAUUUGAAUUUAAUCGUUACUAUCUGAAGUUCCUGGCAUUCCAUCACGUCUCCAAUCGCUUUAAGACCUUCCUCCUAGACUCGGACUAUGAACGACUGGAGCAUGGAACUUUAUUUGAAGAUAAAGGAGACAAACACACAAGGAAAGGAAUAUGUAUUUGGGAAUACAUUGAGAGGACACACAGGAAGAGUCCGGUUUUCUUCAACUACAUGUACGCCCCGACUGAACAGGAGGCAUUAAAACCAAGAGCCAACAUCUCUACUCUGAGGAAAUGGGAGUACUAUACAGAAGAGACCAUGGUCUGUGGACCUUCUUAUGACUGGACAAUGAUCCCUUCUAGGUUAUAUGCUUCUGAAGACCAGGUUGAGGACGCUUUGCAACAAGGAAAAAGGAAAGUUGUGUGGCCAUGCUACGAUGAUGUAUCCAAGGUUCAGCCCAAUGCCAUAAUCCACCUAAUGAGUGAAAUUGAGAGAUUGGAGACAGCGUUAAAUCAGAGUUCAGAGCGGUGGCAGCUUCUGUGGGAGAAGGCGAAGGUGAAACUGAAGGAGGAGUUGCAGAGGGAAAGUAGAAGCCCGUCCAUCCAAGUGUCUGCCAACCUCCAGUCUUACCAGAAGAUGUCUAUGGUGCAUCUUCCAGACAGUGGCUUAGGGGAUGAACAGAACAUCACAUCUUCUCCUUCCAAUGGAGUGGACCGGAGAUCAGCCACCCUGUACAAUCAUUUUACCUCCAAGAAUGAGGAAAACAGGUCAUUUGAAGGUGUUCUGUACAAGAGAGGAGCUCUCCUGAAGGGUUGGAAGCCACGUUGGUUUGUACUUGAUGUCACUAAGCACCAGCUCCGGUACUACGACUCAGGUGAAGACACCAGCUGUAAGGGUCACAUCGAUCUAGCAGACGUUGAGACUGUCGUACCCGCUGCACCAACUUUAGGAGUGCCAAAACACGCCAACGAGAGGGCUUUCUUUGACGUAAGAACCAGCAAGCGUGUGUACAAUUUCUGUGCUCAGGAUGCACAAAGUGCCCAGCAGUGGAUGGACAAGAUACAGAGCUGUAUAUCGGAUGCAUAGAAUGGCACCUGGGACACUGUCAGCCAUAUCUCUUCUUUCUCUAGAAAGGAGCGUCUGUUAUUCCGUGUUGUUAAAGUGCUCUUUUCUUCCAGGUAGCAAAUUCCUCUAGAACACUCCAUUGCCUGCGGGAGAGUUGUGCGAUGACAUGGGACCACUAGCACCUCGCAGUACCAGGGCAGGGCACUUAGUGACUAUCAUUCCACUGUUACUUAAGGAGAAGGUGCAGUUUUUGGAAUCUUAAAGCCUUUAAACAAGUAUUACAUAUGCAGCUAAUUCAAACAUUCCCAAAAUGUUUACUACAAAGAGGCAAUAGGAAUCGAAGUUGUUUUGCUGGCAGCACAAAGCAGUAAGUCUGAUUAUAUCGGGCUGAGACGUUUACAGAACCCCUUACUGUUCGAUCUUUCUCCAUUCCUGAAUUUGUGUGUAGUGUCAGUGCUGUGUGAAGCCUUUUAUUCUAGAAUUGUAUAGUUGUUACAUUAGGUCAAAAGUACACACCUGCAAAAUACUGUGUGCGAUUCUUACUGCCUGUCGCCAAAGGCGAAGCUAACUCUUCUUAUUGUAUAUACAAUAUAUAGAAAUGCGCACUACACAGGAAAUCCUAAGCACAUGCACUUGGAACAUAUGAAGGACAGUAAGGAAUGACCAUUAUGUACAUAGUAUUGUGAAUGAAUUGGACACCCUAAAUUAAUUCCCCCGUCAACAAUUUAUUUUAUUUUAUUUUUAAGAUAAAACUAGGUGUGACCACUUGUGAUAUAUAUUGACUGGAGUAAUUACAUUUUAAACUGUUAAUAUGUUUAUCUUAAAAUUUGUACUGUAUAUACAUCAUUUUUUGUACCUUUAUGUCUGAUCAAACUAUUUGUGUAAAUUUCCGAUCACGUUUCUUGCACUGCGGAGAGAGUCGCACUCUUGGCAUCCUGGCGGGUGUGGUGUUAAAUUAACCAAACUGACCCUGUUUACUGACUCUACGACCACAACAAUUGGUGAAGCCACAACGUCCGUUUCACUGCACCGUGCCAAAACCAAACUUGAACAUUUCUAUCCAGUAGAAACCACAUCUGUUAUUUAAUUGUUAUUAUUUGUUUCUUUUUCCCCAAAUAUGGCGGCACCCGUGAGCUUUUUGUAACACUUGGUUUCUAAAUUGACACAGGUGAAACUGACACUUUGCACAUUUUGUGUUUUUCUUCUGUAUAUGAAGUCAAUUUGGGGGGUUUUUAUGUACUUUAAAAGAUGAAGAUUUCCUUGUUUAUUAGACGGAGUUUAGCGAUAAAAAAAUGUAAACUUUAUUUUUUAACUCAUUUUAACAAUCUUGUGUAUUUGUUAUGACGUGUAAGCUAAACAUCUUGUAAUAAAUAUACUGCCCCGUUUAAA